GCCCGGCGGCCUGGGCGCCGCGCCCUGGGUCGCGCUGGUGGCCCGAGGCGUCUGCACCUUCAAGGACAAGGUGCUGGCGGCGGCGCGGAGGAACGCCUCGGCGGUGGUGGUCUACAACCUGGAGCACUACGGGAAUGCCACCGAGCCCAUGUCGCACGCGGGAACGGGAAAUACAGUUGUCAUUAUGAUUAGCUACCCAAAAGGACGAGAAAUUUUUGAUCUGGUGCAAAAAGGAAUUCCAGUAAAAAUGACCAUAGGGAUUGGUACCCGUCAUAUGCAAGAAUUCAUCAGUGGUCAGUCUGUGGUGUUUGUGGCCAUUGCCUUCAUCACGAUGAUGAUUAUCUCAUUAGCAUGGCUAAUAUUCUAUUAUAUACAGCGUUUCCUAUAUACUGGCUCACAGUUUGGAAGUCAGAAUCAUAGAAAGGAAACUAAGAAAGUUAUUGGCCAGCUUCCACUACACACUGUAAAGCACGGAGAGAAGGGAAUUGAUGUUGAUGCCGAGAAUUGUGCAGUGUGUAUUGAAAACUUUAAAGUAAAGGAUGUUAUCAGAAUCCUGCCAUGCAAGCAUAUUUUUCAUAGAAUAUGCAUUGACCCAUGGCUUUUGGAUCACCGAACGUGUCCAAUGUGUAAACUUGAUGUCAUCAAAGCCCUGGGAUACUGGGGGGACCCUGAGGAUGCACAGGAGCCCAUUCCAGAAGCUGCCCCAGGAAGUGUUUCUGUUGGGAAUCUCAGUGUGACAUCCCAAGAUGAGGACAGGAGUGGAGAAAGCAACCUUCCGUCAUCGUCCUCCAGUGACUCUGCACCACACCGCCCCUGUUUUAAAGAAGAUGCAGGGGAAGACACAGCAUUACUAGGAGCCGGCAGGAAUGACCCUCAACAUGGAGGAUCCAUCUGCUAGCACACAUCCUCACUGACAGCCUCACCGACAGAGCCUUGGCUUGAACUACAGGACAUUUAAUUUUUUACUCUAGGGCAUAGUUUGUAUACUUGAAAACAGUGGAUAUUAUUUUACUUUACCUUUCAGAUUCAGAUUUGAUAUACAAAGGGCUGAGAUAUUUUAUUCCUAAAAGGACUUUUAAUUAGCCUUGAUCUAUUUAUCUACUAAAGUAUGAUGUGUAUCAUAAAUUUUGUUGUGUCAGACUGUCACAGAUGGGAGGGGGUGUUUCUGAGUAAUAGACUAGCUUCUGUGGUACUGUAAACCAAGAUUCUGUUUCUCAGGCUUUUAGACAAAAGUUAAAGUAGAAUUGCGUAAUAUAAUUCAGUAAUUGAUCAAAUGAACUUUUCCCCAAGCAGAGACUCUUUAGAACUUGUAGAAUGAGAAAUCUUGCCGUAGGCAGUGUGUCCAGCUGUAAACCCAGCACUCAGGAGGCUGAGGCAAGAGAAUUUUGAGUUCAAGCCAAAAAGAAGGAACUGAGGGAAGAGAGAAAUCUACUAUCUUGCACUAUAUUGUCCGUAGAGACUUCAAAACCAAGCGUACCUUUUUAUUGUUUGGAAUUGUGAAAAGAACACUAGUUGAUUUUAUGAUUUGCAUUUUUACCUUUAUUGCCUUUUUUUUUUUUGACACUUGGAAGGAGAAGGACAUUUAUCUAUGUUUCUCUACCAAAAAAAUGGCAGGAAUGCCAUCCAUAUUGCACAUUAAAAGUAUUAAAAUAUUGAUUCAUUGAGAAAAUCAAGUUAGGCAUACUGUGAUGUUUUUAAAUUAUAUUUCAGUGGAUCUAAUCUUUAAAAUUAAAAAUAUUUAAAUUAAAAUUUUGAUUUUUGUUGUUAGACUAACAUUUUUCUAAUGAGAUUUUAAUAUAGUUCACUUUCUCUGUGACCUUUUAUCUGUCUUUUCUCUGCUUGGUGUUCCUACAGGUAAAGCCAAUUAAGGUCGUUGCCCAAGUUCUAAAUUGGUCAAAUACAUCUUUUUAAAGUGAGGAGUCCUUUGUUGAUCCUAAACUUGUGUUGCAUGUCUACUUUGUAGACAAAAAUGUUUAUUGACAAAUAUUUUAUGUAACAGAUAUUAUUUAGCAUAGUCAGUCCCAACUUUCAGCACAAAAAGUUUACAGAGGAUAAAGUCUAUUAAAAGCCAGUCUUUGCCCAAAGGACAGAGAAAAAUACAUUCUUGAUUCAAAAUAUUUUACACUUCAGUGAUAAACUGAGAGUGCUUUUUUAAAGUUCAUUUGUGUGUAUGGGUACUUUUUCUGUAUGUAUAUAUGUCUGUGUACCAUCUGCAUGCCUAGUUCCAAAAGAGGCCAGAAGAGGACAUCAGAUCUGAUGAACUGGAGUUACAGAAGGUUGGUACCUUGUAGGUACUGGGUCUUGAACCUGGGUUCUCCAACCACCGAACCAUCUCUCCAGUCCAAGGAAAGAAUGUUUUAAGAAGUGUUUCUGGCUGACACCACAAGUCCCUGGAGGUCACUGAUCCACAGUCUUUCUUGAUUUUUGCAUUAAUGCCCUCAGCUGGAACUACUUUUGGACAGGAGAUAAACAGGAGUCAGGAACACUUCCAGAUCUAUCACUAUCCUCUCGAGGCUUCUGCUAGGGAAAAGAUAAGUAUCCUCACAGCAUCUCUUCAGCAUACAGGUUUAGGAAUAACUUCAUCAGUAUCAUUUUCAGAUCUAUUUUCCAUUUUCUCCAGCACAAAACUUAAUUCUUUAUCUUUCUUCACAAGUUCUGCUUUGAUCAACUUCAGCUACUUCUUAUCAAAAUAGGUGACCAUUUCUUCUAGUUUCCAGUGAUCUGUUAUGGUCUUUGUUUGUUUCAAGGCAUUGAACCCUACCUAGGUGUGAUCCAUUUCCUCCAUCUGCCAUCUCUGUUUAUCACUGACUGCUGAGAAAUGCUCUGAUAGUGUCCUUACUGUUGUGUCAUCUCUGACCACAGGAGCCUGAAAAGUGGGAACUUGUGGCAGAGUAUGGACCACCUGGGUGGGUAAGGACAGCUGGCAGAACCACUGGGAUUAGGGAGAGAGGUAUCCAAAUGAGUAUAGAAAUUCCCUUGGCACGCCUGGCAUAUAGGUCAUUGAUUGUCCUGUUUUUAGGUACAGUGGAAAGGAUGUAGAAAUGUAGGAUGGAGAACACUGAAAAGAUCCUUCUCUAAACAUUACAGUCAUAACCUGAAUAAGCUCCAGAAGGCUGACUGUGGGUGUUUCUAUUCAUUGUAGGUAUGGAAGGUAGAUCUUCCCAUUUUGAACCACAUGCUUUCAGUAGUCACUGAACUAGUGGGCUUAACAAAAUGGGUCCAGCAGCCAUAGGUAUAUUGGAAUAUUAUACAUACUGCUUCCAUAAUACAUAGGAAUUGUUCCAGAAAAGUUCCUUAGUUCCCUGGAAUUGCUAUCAUUUUAAAAAUGAGUCCAGUACAACUUUGAGAUUUUUGUAUGUAGUAAUAACUGACAGUUUCACAUACAAGUGUCUGUUAAUGCAUGGAUACCAUGUCCUACAGCUGGCCCUAGGACAGCACCAUGACACCAUACACCUCCAUCUUCACAGGCAUCAGCAUCAAGGGCUGUCCCAGGUCUCCAGAGAAUUGCAGAGGCUCUGCCAAGGCACCGAGUAAAUACAAUUUUAAAGGCUAAAUUUAUCCUUAGAACUGUAUCUAAGACAUGAAAGUGUCUUACUAAGCUAUUUUUCUACAGUUGGAUUCUAGCUACUCAUAGUAAAAUGUAGAUUUUACUGAAAGAAUGUACAACCAGAUGAGCAUGAGCUGUUGAAGUAGAAAAUCUGUCUUAUGUGAAGAGUCUCAGAGUUGGGUUUACAAGUUCUUACUGAACCACUGUGGUCAGUGCAAAUAGGAAUUCUUUACCAAGUAGAUUAGUGCUGUCUUUUGAGACAUACCAGGGAGAAUGUCAUCAUUCCAACAGUAAAUGAAGCUGGCUUUUACAAAGGAUAUUGUGAUAGAGCAAGGUAAAUUGUUUUUAAUUAUUUAUGAUUACUGAAGAAUUUUUAAGGCAGGAUCUCACUGUUUAAUGCAAUUUGAAUUUGAAUUCACCAUCCUUCUGCCUCAGCCUUCCCAGUGGUGAGAUUACAAGCAUGUGGACCACUUCUGACUCUGAAUAGUGUUUUGAAGAUUGGAGGCAGUGGUUGAAAGAGGCAGUGUCCAUGAUACAGACGGUGGUUUGCUGUGGUUCCUGCUCUCCUGGCUUUUCACUCUGCAGUAUUGAUUGAUAUUUUGGCUCUCUCAGCAGAAAACCAGAUUUGUGAGCACAUGGUCUCACUUGGCAGGUGAUUUGAAGAUUUAAGUUGAACUAAAAAAAUGUCAUGAAGUUUAACCUAUGUUAAAUUAAACUCAUUUAAUGACACUUAAA